AUGCCUUCUCAGUCCCCUUUCCGUCAAUACCUUCUCAGUCCCCUUUCCGUCAAUACCUUCUCAGUCCCCUUUCCGUCAAUACCUUCUCAGUCCCCUUUCCGUCAAUACUUUCUCAGCCCCCUUUCCGUCAAUACCUUCUCAGUCCCCUUUCCGUCAAUACCUUCUCAGUCCCCUUUCCGUCAAUACUUUCUCAGCCCCCUUUCCGUCAAUACCUUCUCAGUCCCCUUUCCAUCAAUACAUUCUCAGGCCCCUUUCCGUCAAUACCUUCUCAGUCCUCUUUCCGUCAAUACCUUCACCACGUUCGCCUAUUACCUAGUUCUUUCCCACCCCCUCCCCACCCCCCUCGUCUUCCCUCUCCUCUCCCUCUUUCCCCACUCCCAGCCGGAUUUGGCAGGCGCUGAAGCCGGACUGGCACGUUCGGACUGGCAGGUGUUGGAGGGCAGUGACGGCGAGGGGGGGAAGGCGUUCUGUCGCAGCGUGGCAGUGAGUGCGCCCAAGAUCCGCCUCAUGCGCUCCGCUGACAUCAGCGCCGGGCGCACAUUGCAGGUGCUGAACCUGAUAGCCUUCCCCCGCCCCGAGUACGACCUGCCAUACUUCUGUGCCGACCUGGUCACCUUCCCCUGGGGCCACCUCAUCGUGCUGGAUCUCAACCCAUUGCAUCAGAGUGAGCAGCAUUUCAGCAAGUACAUUGCGCCCAUCAUGCCCAUCGCCAACAAGUACAUCGAGCACCUGCCAUGGGGCGGCGAGUUCACUGCGGAGUCGCUUCAGUUCUUCUCCCCGGCUCUCCUCUGGGCAAAGCUGCCCCUAGAUGCUGACGUCACUGCCCACGUGCUGCCCGCCUUCAAGGAGUACCUGCAGGCAUGGUUGCGCAUGGUAGAGGCAUGUGAGCCCACCAGCGACCCAGCAGUCAUGGCACACAACAUGGAGUCACAGCACCGCUACAUCUGCUGGCGCUCUGUCAAGGACCCCGGGCGGCCACUUUUAACGCGCCUGUUUGGCUCUGAGCGAUGUGAGUCGACUCAAAAGUCAACUCUUGAGGGUACCCCUCACUGA